AUGGCGGACAAUGUGGAGAUUUUGAAUAAGGAGAGUGAGAAGAAUAGAGUCUUCUUCAGGUUUGUCGGCCAAGGAGAGAAGUUCCCAAAGGAAGAUAUAGAAGAUGGUGUUGUGUCCUGGCUAUUGUGGCGUAUCUGGAAGAACAGGAACGAGUUUGUGUUCCAAGGGAGAGACUACGAUGUCAUUGCGACAGUCGUUAAAGCUAGGGAGGAUGAGAGGGAGUGGAGGAGCAGAGAGGAGGUUAAAAAAGAUGGAGGUCAAACUGCCCCUAAAGAGGAACCUGUCCGGAGAUGGAGACCACCACCACCUACAUGGAUAAAAUGCAAUACUGAUGGCGCUUGGAACAAAGAGUCGAGAGAUGGUGGGGUAGGGUGGAUUGCGAGAGAUCAUCAGGGGAAUCUUGUGUGGGCAGGUGCGAGGAAGCUAUCAAAUAUGAGAUCAGCAUUAGAGGUAGAGGUUGAAGCGUGCAGAUGGGCAGUUCAAACACUCUCGGGGUUUGGCUAUACACGAGUGAUUAUUGAGACAGAUUCCUUGAUGCUGAAGCGACUGAUAACUAAGGAGGAAGCUAUGUGGCCAACACUACAACCUCUAUUGCAGGAAAUAUCUCUAUUGAUGGCGGAAAAUCGUGGCUUCGAGAUGGUGUUUGCUCCGAGAAGUGGUAACAAAGUAGCAGACAGAAUAGCGAAGGAGACUUCUACGUUCGCGUCCUUUGUCCCUAAGUUGUAUUCUGUUUUGGUGUGGUUGAGUUCUUUAGUUGAGUCAGAGAAAUCAUUGUAUGAACUUUGA